AUUAUUUAUUAUAACACAUGAAUAACGGUCAUAAUUUGUUUUCCUAAUCCUCUUGAAGACAAGUUAUGUUAUGAUCUUAAAUACUUGAAUUUAUUUAACUCACAAACAUUGCCUCAUAUCAUUAUUGUUUAUAGCAUUUAUAAGUGAGUGAGGUGACUACAAUUAUCUAAAGAUGUUUAUUGUGGGCCUGACUGGAGGGCUCGCAACAGGGAAAAGUACAGUACUGUCAAUAUUUCGCGAAAAUGGUAUAGCAGUAAUAGAUGCCGAUGACAUUGCCAGAAAAGUUCUGGAACCAGGAACGAAAGCUUGGAAGGAAUUAAAGGAAUAUUUUGGUGAGGAAGUGUUACUAGCUGAUGGAAAAGUGAACAGGGUAAAAUUAGGAGAGCUUGUAUUUGAUGACAUUGAAAUGAGACGUAAACUAAAUGCCAUCACACACCCAAGAAUCCAAAGUGCAAUGAUGAAGAUGGCAGUAUCAUACUUCUUCUCAGGACACAAUUACAUUGUAAUGGAGGUUCCGUUGCUGUUUGAAACUGGAAAAAUGUUAACUUUCAUGCACAAAAUCAUUACUGUUGUAUGUGAAGACCAUCAGCAGCUAAAGCGGUUGUGCAAACGAAAUGACUUCUCUUUAGUUGUAGCCAAGAAAAGAAUAGACUGCCAAAUGCCAUUGGAACACAAAGUGGCCAAUUCACAUUUUGUUGUUGACAAUUCUGGUGAAAUUUCUAACACAAGACAUCAAACAGAAUGCAUCAUUAGAACAUUAAAAAGAUCAAAGUUUACUUGGUACUUUAGAUCAAUAAUAUUAAUAACAUUAAUGUCAUUGAUUUUUGGAAUCACACAUGUCAUGGGUGUUAUCAAUAACUCUAACUAGCAGUAGUUUAUUCACACAGGAAAUAGUAAGUUUCAUAUUUUGCUUCUGUUGCAAUUCUAUAUUUUUAUUAUAUGAUAUUCCAAAUAUGGAAUUUUUUUUAACUACUAUCUAUUUGUGUGACAUUAUGAAUAAAUA